AUGGAUUCUAGCCAAUCACAGGUUUCAGUUGGAUUUGAACGGGGCUCCGAUUACAAAGACACCUCCAGCCUCAACUUGCAAGCACUCCACUUCUUGCAGAAACAGCAUUCUUUGGCGAUUACAAAGGUUGUUGACUUUGAUCUACUGGCAGUCUUUCUAAUGCAGGGAUUUGAUGCUGGACAUCACAUCUGCAAGAUCAUCGGAAUGGUUGAGGGGGCUUUUACUGAGGCCACCCCACCUCAAAACAUGCUGAUGUAUCAAAUUGUUAAUGCAGCAAAAUUGGUUAAAACUCGGAUUCAGACGUACCAGGACCAAUUGAAGACUAACCCCAGCACCAGAAAACCUUUUUGCCUCUGCUUUCCAACAUAUGAAUUGGUUCUACAGCAUUCCAGCAAACUCAAAAAGAUGUGCGAAGUGUUGCCAACCGACGUCAUGGUUGUGCUGAUUGAUGAGGGUGGUAUUUGUGUUGGAGUUGGACUUCCACCAAAGCCUCCAUCUGACAAGACCGGCCAUAUGCCCUGUGAUGUGCGGGCCAUAAAGACGCUGGAUACGUUUGUAUCCAAAAAUGUUGUUAAAAUCAAAGAAGAUGAGGCUGUCCGCAUUGGUCCAAACAAAAACACUGCUCCACAUCCGCAAUCACCCUUUCCACUCUCAUCCAACCCAAAAGGCCUUGUCCGUUCUGCAAAGGGGGCCAAGGAUUCAAUGUGCUCUCAUCAAACAUAUGGAUUUGGCUUAGGCAGUCCACUCUCAGCCGGAGCUGCCGACAAGAAGAUUCCAUGUUCAACUCACCAAAUCAAGACUGAAGAGUUGCAGGGCCAUGGUGAAGAAUGGAAGUCUGAACCCAAACCUCACCUUCCGGAACCAAUGCGGUCUGAAACUGGUGCAACCCUUUGUGGCUUAGUUGAGCUUCGAUAUGAUACUGUAUUUUAUUCAAAGCUUUUGUAUUGGAUAAAUCGAAUCUUCCUACCCGAAUCAUCUGCCGUUGCCGAACGUGCCAUUGAAUUUUUAUCCAAAAAUCGAUCCUCGGCUGUCAAAGAAGCAAUUGAACGAGAAAACAACCGAAUUGUUGCUUCUCGAACUGUCUCAGUGAAUGUGCAGCCUUACACCCACCACGACAUUAAUAAUGCCCUCUUAAUGGACAGCGUAUUCUUUUUCGGGAACCAUCUUGGUGGGGAGUUUAUUCUCCCAUUGCUUGGGGUGGCAUACUGUGGAUUGCAUGGAUACUCAUUCCAUGGACCGUUUCGUAUCCUUUUGCAUGGUGUGGCACAACAUUACUUCUUGGAAGAAGUCAAGGAACCUAGGCGCUUUUCUCUGGCUAUGUGGAGCAGGGCUACGACUUUUUCAGCUAUUGCUCGAGGGGCUGCGUACAAAGCCGGUAAUCAAAUUUUUAGUGAUCCGGCAUACUGGCUACCCCUUUAUCCGGAAUACUCAUUGGAAAAAGUUCGUGAUUUGUUCAAAGAAGAAUGUAAAAUUGAUAAGAAAAUUAGGAAGAUAGAAUCAAUCAAAAACAAGCAAAUGAUUCCUCUCAAAAUCGAACUCCCGGAGCUCACCCCUACUCCCCUCAGCAAAGGCGAAUACAGAAAACCCGGCUCCAAUAACGCCGACAAAGCCAAUGGCAAUCCAGGCCAACCUCACAAGGGCAAUAUUGGUGAAUGUGUUCCUGAAUCCCCACAGGACCCCAUAAAACAUGCCCCAGAGGACACUCCCAUGCCCCGCAAAGCAAAUAGGGUCGGACAAAUUGGAAUUGAGAUUGGCCUCACAACCAGUCAGCUGGAGCGUGCUCAACAUAUGGCAAGUGGCAGCACCAAGGUUGUCCCAUCCAUUAAUCCAGCCAACACCACUAGGGGUUUUGUUUACCACCACAAGGUCCAAAAGCUUCUCCUGCCCAAUCUCCAAUCUUACGGCCAAACUCAAGCGGUUUCCAACCUCUCUCUCAUCGCCAAUACUCCUCUUGUAUUGGUCAAAGCCGAUCUGGAUGCAAUGUCCAAUGAAUGGAAGUUAUUGAAUUUGCCCCCUGGAUAUGCCGCUCAAGAUGAUGCUCAAGACAAUGAUGCCAUCACCAGUGUCACUGAUGCUCAAAUAUGA